GAGGCAUUCUGCCGAAACAGCUGUGCCCUUGUUCUUUCUGUAGGUCUUUGGACAUCAUGUUUGUGACCAAGGUGACUUUUGGCCUGUUGGCCCUGCUCCUUGUCUUCUCUGUUAGAGCUGAGGAGAUGCCCGCUGUUGAGGACAAGUCUGCUCAGCUGUCUGUGUCUGAACUGCUGCACAGAGCCAACAGAGGCAUCAUUCCUGAACAUGACGAGCCCAAGCUAAUGGAUGAUAUUGCUGUGAAUGAGAGAAAUGCUGAUCCCUGCACCUCCUACGGCUGCCUCUGGCAGAAAUACAGCGACGGCAAGAUUUAUGUGCCUUACGUCAUCGCCAACCACUACUCCUCUCGUGAGCUGGAGAUCAUCAAGCGUGGCCUGGACUCUUUCUCUUACAGCACCUGCAUCCGCUUCUUCCCCCGCAGCAAUGAGAGAGACUAUAUCAGCAUUGAAUCUCGCAGUGGAUGCUACUCAUACGUUGGUCGUCAGGGUUAUGCCCAGACCGUGUCUCUGGCCCGUAAUGGCUGCCUUUACCACAGCACUGUGCAGCAUGAGCUUCUCCACGCUCUUGGUUUCAACCAUGAACAGACCCGUAGCGACCGAGACAAUCACAUCCAAGUCGUCUGGGAGAACAUCAUCGAUGACAUGAAGUACAACUUCAACAAAAUUAACACUCUAAACCAGGGAACCCCUUAUGACUACAGCUCUGUGAUGCAGUACGGGAGAACUGCUUUCUCGAAGAAUGGCCUUCCUACUAUGAUUCCCAUUCCCAACAAUAAUGCCGCCCUGGGCACAUCCACCGAGAUGAGCCAGAAUGACAUCAUCAGAAUCAACAGGCUCUACCAGUGCUGAGCAUUCAGUUUCAAGACGUGCAGCGCAGAGGAAAAACUAAGGUCUAAAAUGUCUUUUGGAUGUUGUUGACUGCUGUGCUCCGAUGUGUAAAGCAAAAUAAUACACAAAUACAUUUUUAAAUCAAAA